AUGAAUGAAAUUCUUCCCCGGAUUCAGUCAGGUGCGCGAUCCAGGGGAGAAAAUAUUCGAUAUAUAUGCCAAGCACGCGAUUUAUCAAACCAAAAUUCGAUAAUAGACGUCUAUAUCUCAAUAUCAGACACACAUUUUGAUAUAUACAAAGAAACACCAUCAUUUAGUGUAAACGCCUAUUCAUGGUUCAGCUUAAAGAGGAUAUUUUUCAAAGAUGACGUUCUAAAUAUUGAUUUUAGUGAUGCAAAAAUUUCUUUAAGUUUUGAUGACCUUGAAAAAGUAUAUAAUAUAGUUUCAGAUAUACUUCCUCGCAUCCUCAAACCAAGUGAAAUCCAAAAUACAGGAGUUAAUUUAUUAUUACAAGAUGCAAAGCCAAACCCGAACUCAGCUCUUCUUAGACUUAAACAGAAAAUCAAAUACAGUAAAAAUCCGCAAAAUUCAGAACCAAUUGAUAUCAUAACAGAAUACGUUACAUUUAACCCACAUGAAGUAGAACUUUCAAAGCUAUCGAGUAAAGAAUCAGUCAUACCAUACUUUAUUGACAUCAUUCCCCUCUUACCAUGCUUACAAAGUUUAAUAAUUUCAACAUCAUUUUUAACAAGUAACUGGAAAUCGAUGUCUAACUUUGUCAAUGAUACAGGUUUUGUCGAACAUAUAGAAAUUGUUGAUCCAAUUAACGAACAAGUUGAAAAAUUUUUAACAAAUUUAUUUUCAAACAAACACUCAUUUAUUAAUUCAUUGUCUUUCAAGAAAGCUGCUUUAUCGGAAAAGAACUUAACAAAAUUACAAUCAUUAAUGAAAACAAAGCAACUUUCAUCAUUAUCAAUUAUAAGUUCUUUAGAUAUGAAAUCACUGCCUUAUUUCCACAUGAACUUCAUCAAUGACUUGAGUUCACUGUUGUAUUUGAACUUAGAUACAACUCCAGGAUUGAAUUUAUUUGCAUUAUUACCAAAAAUAACAAAUAUUACGUAUCUUUCACUGUCUGGUUGCGAAUUGGAUAUAGGAAGAGCAUUGACGAAAUUUACAAACCUCAAUUUCCAUAAUUUGACCGGAUUAAAUUUAUCAAAUAAUUCAUUUGAAGAAAUAUUACCACAGAACUAUAUAUUCCCUCCAAAACUAUCUAAAAUCAUGCUUGAUGAUGCCAAAUUUGGCGAUCAGUGCUUCCAAUCCUUAUUUUCUGCAAUUAAAUCAGCAUCAGACAGACAAUUCAAGGUUUCUAUCAGCCAUUAUACAGCAAAUAAGAUAGAUGAGUAUAUAAAUACCCUAGAGAGCACAAAUAUUCAGUCAUUAGUCUGGGAUAAGAAUCCAAUAACGAAAGAAUUUAUUUCAUUCCUUAAAAGAAACAAAUCAAUAGAAUUCCUAUCAGUUAGUGGAUGUUUUGUUCCUAAUAGUGACGAUUUCAAACCAUUCUGUGAGUAUUUAAUUGAAAAUUCAACAAUUAAAUCUUUAGUUUUCCGAGAAAACCAAAUUCUGUCAACAAAAAUCACUGAUUUCAUAGAUAUAUUAUCAAAAAGACCAGAAUCCUUCGAAUUCCUUGAUAUUUCGAACUCAAAAUGUGGAGAUCAAGGAAUAAAUGAAAUAACUAAGUUCAUUUCAACAGAAAAAGCGCCCCAUGUGUUUGUAAUUGAUGGUGCCGCUCCUAAUAAAUCAACAGCAGUUCUUUCUUUGCUUAAUACGGCCUUGGAACUUCAAAAUGACGUUUGUGUCUCGUAUCCUGUCGAUGACAUGAAUUACCUUACAAAACUGAAAAGAAUGACAGAACAACAGCACCAAGAGAUACUAUCCAAAUAUAGAAGUAAAGAGGGAACAGAGGAUAACGUUUUCGAUUCGCCAUUUUCCGUUUUCGUUGAGAAAUCAUCCCUUAAAUUUCCGAAAUUUAUUUCGACGAUAGAAGUUCAUUCACAACAUCAACAAAAUGUGACAGCUCCAAUUUCCCCUCAUCAAAGAAAAUUUUUCAGCAAUCCUGUUGACAAACAAGCCAAGGUUUCAAGGUUUAUUGCUGUAUCACCUCCUUCUCUAUCUGCUCCGCAAUCGAGCUCAUCAGCAUCUCCUUCUGAUGCUCCUAUUUCUAAUGUUCCAGCUGUUUCUUCUCAGGCAAGUAGAAGUGUUGCUUCAAGCAUAAAAGACGAAAAGGAAAAGAAACCUCCUAAACCGAUAAAGACAACAAGGAAGCCGGCUCCCGCUGGAAAGGUUUCGAGGUUGACUCCUUCUGCAUCUCUUUCUAAACUCUUGAACCAUCAAAAGAGAGAACCUCUCCAGAAACAUUCGUCAGAAAAAGACAAACAAUCAACUGACCAAAAUAAAAAUGAAAAAAAUUCGGUCAGCCAUAGCUCUAGUUUGCCACAAUCACCUUUGAACACGCCACAGAGACAGGAUGUGAAGCCAUUUAAUGAAUCUAGUAAUUCGGAGUCAAUUAAAAACUCUGAAUCAAAUAAGAAUUCUGAUUCAAAUAAAAUUUCUGGAUCAAAUAAAGAGGAGUCAAAGAAGAACUCAGGAUCAAAUCAGAACUUGGAACAAGAAAGGAAAAGAAGGAGAAGACACCAUUCAAACAGAAUUAAAGACGGAGAUGAGUGGAAGUUCCCAAUUCCACGAGUAGAAAUAGCUGAUAGAUGGGGAGAAACUGAAAAGAGAUUCUCCUUGGAAGAAGUUGACCUUUUUCUCAGGCAAUUGCCGCAUUUGUAA